AAACUGUUCACAGACAGGGAAACCCUAGACUCAGGUAAACAGAGUUUCUGGACGACAGCCGCAUGAUUCCUGGUUGACAGUCCAUUUUCCAAUCCUAUUUCAUCAUCAACUUUUCUUUCCGGCUGCUGCUGCUGCUGCUGCUACCUUACCUCAACUCUUCCUCCCUUCCCCCCUUCCCUCCGCUUCUACAUUUCUCUUUUCCAUUUCAACCAACCCCCCACCUUACUCAGCACUAUGAGUACCAUACAGAAUCUCAAAAAUUUCAUACGUCAUGGCAAGCAAGCCCGCCUGGUGACGCCGCAUGCCGAACCCACCACCAAUGUUUCGCCCAUCCAUGCCGAACAACAACGUCAACCACAAGGCUCCUAUCCUGCCGCUGCCGGCAACCUCGAUGCCAUUGAUAGCAAAUUGGGCAACGGUCACGCUCAGCCUGCCCAGCGCAACUCCGACUCAUCACAGCCUAGACGAGCUCGUGAACUCGAGAUCGAGCAAAUCAUCGCAGAAGAGAAGAGCAGUCGGAACAAGAUGCCGAAAUACCCGGGUCUCGAGCGCUGGAUCUUGGUGGAGAAGAUGGGAGAUGGUGCUUUUAGCAAUGUCUAUCGCGCCAGGGACACCACUGGCGAGUUUGGCGAGGUCGCCAUCAAGGUGGUGCGCAAAUUCGAGAUGAACAGCAACCAGCGCGCCAACAUCCUGAAGGAAGUGCAGAUCAUGCGCAACCUCGAUCACCCAAACAUCGUCAAGCUGAUCAGUUUCUCCGAGUCGCGUCAAUACUACUACAUCAUUCUCGAGCUCUGCCCCGGUGGCGAGCUGUUCCAUCAGAUCGUGCGAUUGACCUAUUUCAGCGAAGAGCUUAGUCGCCAUGUUAUUGUGCAGGUCGCCAAGGCGAUUGAGUAUCUUCACGAGACUUCUGGAGUCGUGCAUCGUGAUAUCAAACCCGAAAAUCUUCUCUUCUAUCCGACAGAGUUCAUCCCAAGUAAACACCCCAAGCCUCGCCAGCCCGGCGACGAAGACAAGGUUGAUGAGGGCGAGUUCAUCCCGGGACAAGGCGCUGGUGGUAUCGGGGUGAUCAAGGUCGCCGACUUUGGGUUGUCUAAGGUUAUCUGGGACAGUCAAACUAUGACGCCAUGUGGCACGGUCGGAUACACCGCCCCCGAAAUCGUCAAAGAUGAGCGGUACUCUAAGAGUGUCGACAUGUGGGCUCUGGGCUGCGUUCUCUAUACUCUCCUCUGCGGGUUUCCGCCCUUUUAUGACGAAAGCAUUCAGAUCCUGACAGAAAAAGUCGCCCGUGGUCAAUACACCUUUCUAUCGCCGUGGUGGGACGACAUUUCCAAGUCCGCCCAGGAUCUGAUCUCACACCUUCUGACUGUGGACCCGGAGAAGCGCUACACCAUCAAGCAGUUCCUCGCCCAUCCCUGGAUCCGAGGCACUGACGAGGCGACAGAGGCCGCUGCGGACGCACCUCCUCUCGCCACCCCUCUUACUACUCGCAAGCAGGGACAGCCCUUGGAUGCAUUCUCGGCCGAUCAGGCGCCGUUUGCUCCGCUCAGCGCCCGCCUCGGCGACCAACCUUCGGCUGGUAUCGAGCGUCCCAUGGAUUUCCGUUCGCCUGGUGCAAUCAACCUGCGCGAGGUGUUCGAUGUUGGUUAUGCCGUGCACAGACAAGAAGAAGAAGGCAAGCGUCGCAAGAACUUCCGUCAGGGAUACCGUGGCGCCAAUCCCUCGACGAACUUCCGGUCGGGGCUUAAUCCUUUGAACGAAGACUACGAUGAGCCAGACGAGAUCAGCUAUCAACCCGUCCAGCGCGAGGACUUCGCUCCGUCCAAAAUCCCGAAAUCGUCCCAGCAGGCCGGCGAUGUCGCCGCCAUGGAGGCGAAAUUGCGAUCAACGAACUUGGGGGCUGCGCCGAGCCAUGCCGCUCAGGCACGACAGGCCCACCAGCCUCGACAGCAACAAGGAUACGGACAGCACAGUGCCAAGGUGGCCGCCGCUGCAAGGCAAAGCAUUGCCCGAGGCGCGCGGGAGCCCUUCGAGCUGAACCUCGACAAUGCUACUCUUCUAGAGAAACGAGGCCGACGCCAACAGGGUCAGCCUGUUGCUUAGGUUCCUUACCGAUGAUCCGAGGUCACGUCCUUAACGAAUCGAGACAGCUUUCGGGCUAUGAAUCCUUAUUUAUGAGUUCAGUGCAUAUGGUGACAAGGUUUCUCUGAUUUGGUGAAUGGGAUUGAUUCCUCCGGGUGGUUUUAUCUUUCUAUUGGUCGCAUAACUCUGGGUGUUCUUCCAUUUUUCUUUUGCCUUUCUUCCCUUCGGUUCAUGAUAAAACCUUUGCGUGCUUUACUUCUUUGCGUUGAUGACUCGAAGUUUCUACUCCCGAUUU